CUUUUCUCACAAAAGUUGAUUCACCAAACUAAUUAAGUCCUAAAGCAACCUCUAUAUAAUUCGAAGAAACACGUACCCCAGCAUGUUCAAUGAUCAAUCCCUCGAAAAAUAGCUUUUUUCCAAUAUGUCUGAUCUCGAAGAAACUUCGGAAUCUCAACCUAUUCUCCCACAAACCUCUAACAGUCAAGUUUCUAUAUUUCUAUUUCUACUUGAGGUUGUAAUCUUGUUAACAUCGAUCGCGGUGGUAAUAUGGCUGAUUCUAGCUCCAAAGAGUCCCAUUUACAUAAUCACCAAUGUCCACAUUCCGGCCUUGCAUGGUAGGAAUUCCACAUCACAUGUCUACGUUUCCUCGGUUGCCAUGAAUUCUACUUUAAAUCACACAAGGGAUCCCUCUAUUCUCUUGGAUUUGAUAUUCUCAAACCCCAACAAAAGGGUGGGCAUCUACUACAAGGACAUCUACAUUACCUUAUUUCAUUGUGAUGCUCAUAUUGGCUCCAAGUUAUUGCCUGGCUUCUACCAAGGCUACAAGAAUGCGACGACAUAUGAAGUGCUAGUGGAAGCUAACAAACAGUUCUGGAAAGAAAUUACAAAUGGGACAAUAGAUUUGAGAGUUUGCGUGGAAAAUGCUGUAAAAUACAAGAUAUUCGUGUCCAAGACAAAGCAUUAUCAGAUAUAUACUGAAGCUUAUGUGCCAGUUGGUUCAAAUGGGAGGAUGUUAGGAAAGAAGAAUAUAAAGCUACACCACAUAUCCAAUCAGAUAAAAAAUUGAAAUUAAGAUCUGUUUCAUAGGACUUAAGUUUGAAUUGUUUAUUUUUCCAUCAUGUAGUAUAAUUUAUUCCAUUGCCAUUCUUGUUUUUUAUUUGCUGAAGUUGGUUUGGCAUCUCUGCAAGCUAGCCUAGAAAUAUAGCGCCAAGCAUAUGAUUUUAGUUUUAAGUACUGGAAGCCUGUGGCUUUAUAUCAACAAAGCCUUUGUCCCACCUAUUCGAGGAUGGCCGUACUUCCUAUAAAUUCACACAAUUGAACAUGCAUUUUCUCAGUUCCCCUCGGUCCUUGUUAUAAUGUUAUGUUUCAUAAAUA